AUGGAGAUUGAAGACGCUGGCGUAGAGAUGGAGAUGGUCAGAGGCAUUGGGGACGGUGGCAUCAUUGAGAAGGCUGAGGCUGUGGUCAUCGCUUCCUCCGAGCACGAGUGGCAAGACGAGGACUUUGAAGAUGGAACUUGUCUCUUGUCAGACUGCACCAACACGGCUCAAGCGAACGGCUUCUGCUACGCUCACGGCGGAUAUCAGGUGUGCUAUGCUCUUGGUUGUAACCGGAGGGCUGCUGUACGAGCUUUUCAUCGCAAACGCGCCGUAUCCAGCGACACGAAUGAUCUGCACACUGCUGAAUACGACGGUAAUGGAAAGAGCGCGAAGAACCAAAAGGUGUGGGUCCAACUCGACUACUGCGAUAAGCACUUGGAUGAAGAGGAACUGGAUGGAGAUCACGCAGCCGAAGCAUCGAGUCAAGCGCAGCCGCAUGAGACCAUCCGCGCUACCGAUCGUCGUUAUCGUCGCCACAGCGUGUGCAAGUGGCUUGGGUGUAUGAAGUGGGUGAUGAGAGAUGGAGACCCGAGCGAGUACUGCGUCCUUCACCGAGCCCAAGACGGCAGCUCAGUGAUCUCGAGAGGAAGUAGCGUGGCAUCAUUCACCCACUCCGAGGACGAGUCGAGUGUUGAGCAAGUGGAGGCCACGGAAUUCAAUGGCGAAAAGGACGUCCAGCGCGACUACAAAAGCCCCGUCCUCUGCAAAGAACCAGGAUGCAGCAAGCAGGGAUCUGUCUACGGAGACAAGAGGGGCUACUGCUUUUAA